GCGGCUCAACCACCGCAGAGCACUGACGGGCCGGAAGCUGCCUCCCGCCACGCCUCUGGCGAGAGAAACCUCUCUCGCCAUUGGACAGCCGCGAUCACGUGCGGGCGGGCGCGGUGCCGGCGGACCGCUCUCGCGAGGCUUGGCGAGUGUAUGUGCGGGUUGCGGGCGGAAGUGCGGCCUUUUUGUGCGGCGGCGCAGCUCGGUGAAGAUGAAGCUCAACAUCUCUUUCCCAGCCACUGGCUGCCAGAAGCUUAUUGAAGUGGAUGAUGAGCGCAAGCUGAGAACGUUCUAUGAGAAGAGAAUGGCCACGGAGGUUGCAGCUGAUUCUCUUGGUGAGGAGUGGAAGGGUUAUGUUGUCCGGAUCAGCGGUGGCAAUGACAAGCAAGGCUUCCCUAUGAAGCAAGGUGUCCUUACUCAUGGACGUGUCCGCCUUCUGCUCAGCAAGGGCCACUCUUGCUACCGCCCCAGGAGAACUGGAGAGAGAAAACGCAAAUCUGUUCGUGGUUGCAUUGUUGAUGCCAACUUGAGUGUUCUGAACUUGGUCAUUGUGAAAAAGGGUGAAAAGGAUAUUCCAGGGCUGACAGACACAACUGUGCCUCGUCGUCUUGGUCCCAAGAGAGCUAGCAGGAUCCGCAAGCUGUUCAAUCUCUCUAAGGAAGAUGAUGUUCGCCAGUAUGUUGUGAGGAAACCUCUGAAUAAAGAGGGCAAGAAGCCCAGGACCAAGGCUCCUAAGAUCCAGCGACUCGUGACUCCUCGAGUUCUGCAACAUAAGCGCAGACGUAUUGCCCUGAAGAAGCAGCGCACUCAGAAGAACAAGGAGGAGGCAGCAGAUUAUGCUAAGCUCUUGGCUAAGAGGAUGAAGGAGGCCAAGGAAAAACGCCAGGAGCAGAUUGCUAAGAGACGCCGGCUUUCUUCAUUGAGAGCUUCUACAUCUAAAUCUGAGUCAAGUCAGAAGUAAAGAUGUACAUGAUACUGAAAAUAAAACCCUUUUGUGGUUAAAUUUUA